AUGGUCAAUGAAAAGUUCCGCGAGAAUGUCUCCGCAUGGGACUGCUUCCAGUCUCGCACUGACAUCUUCCCUGCAUUCUUCAAUCGAGUCCUUGCUCUCAAGGACCCCAAGCGGAAGGUGGGGAGCAAGCGAGCUCGGCAGGAGGAGCAGGCGGAGGAGCAGGCGGAGGAGCAGGAGCAGAAGCAGCAGGAAGAGAAGCAGCAGGGAGAGCAGGAGCAGGAGGAGCAGGCGGAGGAGCAGCAGAUGUCUGUUGAGGGAGAUCAAGUUCAGGCGGAGGAUGGAGCAAACAAAGAAGCUGCUGCGGAGGGCAACGGAGCAGAGGGAGAGGGAGGAGAACCGAAGGAGAGUUCAGGCGCAGCAGAAGGGGAGGGAGGCGGAGGGGAAGGAGGGGGAGGGGGUGCUGAAGACAAGAAGGAGGUGAAGGAACAGGGAAAUGGCGGAUCUGCUGUUGGCGGAGGAGAGGAGUACGAGCUGAGCAUAUAUGAGCGCGUGAAUUACAUCGUCUUCAUCAUCCACUGCUUCCAGUCGCUGGAGAACCCACUGGUGCGGGCGUGUGUGCUGCCGCUGGUCUCUCUCCCCCUGUGGCAUGCGCUCUCACCAGCCCGCAGGGAGCGCGAGCUGCACCCCCACGCGCACCUGCUCGCCCUCUGGUCGCGCCUGCUCAAACGGGACGCCAAGAACCGCCACGCCAGGCUGGCUGCUGUGGCGGAGGGUGGGGAGAAGCGGGCCGAGGCGGAGGCGGCUGAGCGGAAGGAGAGGCGCGGGGUUCGAUUCCUGCCUGGGUUGAUUCUGGAGUUCUUUUCUGUGUUGGACGAGGUGGUGGAGAAGGGCCCGGACUACGAAGACGACCAGAGCGAGUCCGCAGGGGUGCUGCUAGAGAGGGCAGUGGACCACCCGCGGCUUCUCUUUUGCGAGCGCUUCCUGGAGCUGCUCAUAGACCUGCUCAGCCAGCUGCCCACACGCAGGUUCUUUCGUCCUGUAGUGGAUGACAUGGCCGUCGCCGCCCGGUGCCGCCUGAGCCGGCUGUACCGGCACCAGCGUGGCCGUCUUUUUGUGCAGCUGGUGGAUCUGCUGCGAUUCUACGCUAGAUUCCAAAUGGACGACCACGCCGGGCGGCAACUGGAUGAGGAGGAGGUGGACAGGGAGCACUGCGCUCGUGUGUCGGCCCUUCAGCUGUUCCUCUUUAACAAAGUGCCAGAGCUACGUGACGUCGCCCUGACCAACGUGGGAAGUGUGGAGCAUGCUGACGGAGUGCGCAAGUGGAUGGGGCGACUCACAGACGAGCAGCUGGCGGAGCUGGUGCUCAACAAGCUGAAGCUGCUGUCUCAAGCGGGCCUGCCGUACCGGCCGCCACGCCACCUCCUCUCCUCCACUCGCCGCCCCAAAGCUCCCACACGAAUGGUGGUGGAAGAGGGUUCAGAGGAGCAGCAGCAGGAGCAGCAGGAGGAGGAGGAGGAGGCAGAGCAGCAGUACUGGGAGCAGCAGCGGGCCGUGCUCUUCCACCGUCUCCGCCCGUUCCUAGAGGAAGUAGUCGUCUCCUUCUUCGAGAAGAAGCGCUCCCAGCGAGCAGCACUCAACGCACUGCCUCUCUACCCCAACGAGGACGUCAUGUGGGACGAGAGCCUCAUCCCCAGCGUGAACUACACCGGAGAAGGCUGCUUGGCACUGCCGAAACUUAAUUUGCAGUUCCUCACGUUGCACGAUUACCUGCUGCGGAAUUUCAACCUGUUUCGGCUCGAGUCGACGUACGAGAUUCGGGAGGAGGUGCACGAUGUGCUAAAGCGGAUGGGGGCGAAGGGGAGCAUGUACAGCAGCGUGGACCGGGAUACGGAGUUCACCGGGUGGGCCCGAAUGGCCAUUCAGAUCUCGUCGUUCCGGAUUGUAGAAGUUAAGGCGCCGCUGCUAGGCGAGGUGCAGCCGGCGGCGGUUCUAGCGGAAGUGGAGUACUCUAUAGGGGGGUAUAAGGCGGCGAUGCGGAGCGAGUGGGAGGAGAUUAAAGAGCAUGACGUGCUGUUCCUGCUUGGGAUACACCCGGAUGAGAUUGCGUUGCAAGCUGCGGCCGAUGCUGCUGCGGCACAGGCGGUGGCGCAGGCGAAGCGAGAGGCGGGAGAGGAUGGGGCGGAGGAGGAGGAAGCAGCGGCGGAUGCUGCUGCGGUGGUCUCGUCGCUGUCCGUCCCGCAGAGAUACGGGUUAAGAUAUGUGCGGGGGUGCGAGGUGAUCGAGUUGCGCGAUGAGGACAACAAGCUGAUGAAUGACUUCUCUGGAAGGGUGAAGCGGGAGGAGUGGAAACCACCCAAAGGGAACAAGCGCACAGCUCUCGUCGCCCUCGAUCCCGCCCAGUUCCAGCUGGAUUUAGAGGCCAAUGGAGGGACGCUGAGAGGAGCGCAGGAGGAGGUUUACUCGGCUUUAAACGUGGUGAUGCGGAGGAAGCCAAAGGAGAAUAACUUCAAGCCGAUUCUGGAGUCGAUCCGGGAUCUGAUGAACGAGGAGGCGUCGGUGCCAGGCUGGCUGCAUGACUUGUUUUUGGGGUACGAUGAUCCGGCAGCCGCCAGCUGGCGGCGCAUGCCUGCUGAGCUGGCGCCGUGGCGCGUGGAGGUGGUGGAUUUCAGAGACACGUUUGUGGAUGCGGAGCAUUUGAAGGAGUGCUUCCCGGGCUUUAAGGUGCGGUUUGUGGAUGCGGAUGGGUUUGAGAACCCUGACCCUCAGCCUCCGUUCCGCGUGACUAUACCCAUGCCGAAGGCGCAGGAGGAGGGGCGUGGGGUGGCAAUGGGGGGGAAGAAGAAGGGGCAGGAGAAAGAGGGGAAGGGGAAGGGGAAGGGGAAGAAGGGGGCGAAGGGGAAGAAGAAGGGGAAGGGGAAGGGAGGGGAGGAGGAGAAGGGUGGGGAGAAGGAGAAGCAGGAGGGGGAGCAGAUGGAGGUGGAUGGGGAAAAGGUCAAGGAAGGAGAUGGUGGAGACGAGGCACCACAGCAGGGAGAGCAGGGAGACAAGGGGGAGCAGGGAGGGCAGGAGGAGGGUGAGGGGGUGGUGAUUGCGGAGUCGGUGCCUCUGCCUGACCCCGGGCCGUACCCCCCUGGGAAGCAGAGGAAGAACCACGUGCGCUUCACACCCACCCAGGUGGACGCCAUCAUCAGCGGGGUGCAGCCGGGGUUGACCAUGAUAGUGGGGCCGCCUGGAACCGGCAAGACUGACACGGCUGUGCAGAUCCUGCAGGUGCUGUACCACAACUGCCCUGAACAGCGCACGCUUGUCAUCACUCACUCCAACCAGGCCCUCAACGACCUCUUUGAGAAGAUCAUGCAGCGGGAUGUGCCGGCACGUUACAUGCUGCGACUGGGCAUGGGAGAGCAGGAGCUGGACACGGAGCAGAAGUUCAGCCGCAUGGGGCGCGUCAACGACAUGCUUGCUAGGAGGCUCGAGCUGCUGGCUGAGGUGGAGCGACUGGCAGUGACACUUGGGCGGCCAUCUGACGUGGCGUACACGUGUGAGAGUGCGGCCUACUUCUGGCUGCUGCACGUGCUCGCCAGGUGGGAGGCAUUUGUGGCCAAGUGUGAGUCGGUUCGCGACGCUGCUCCAGCUGAGUCCACGCCUGCUGCUGAACCUGCUCCUGCUACUCCUGCUGCUCCUGAUUCUGCACCUGCUGCUGCUGCUGCUGCUGCUGCUGCUGAGGAGGGCGCUAAGGAUGUGCCGAUGCAAGAUGCCAAUGAUGCUGCACCUGCUGCUGCUCCUUCCAGUGCUGCCGCUGCUGCUGCUGCUGCUGCUGCUGCUGCGGGGAGCAGCGGCGGGGGCAGCAGGGCAGCGAGCAUAGUGAGGGACACCUUCCCCUUCACGGAGUUCUUCCAGGAGGCACCGGGCUUUAAGAUGACGGGCGCGUCGUACGCACAGGACAUGCGCAUGGCAGAGAGCUGCUUCGAGUUCCUCAAGGGCAUGUUCCAGGAGCUGGAAGAGUGCCGGGCAUUCGAGCUGUUUAAGACCACAGCGGACCGCUCCAACUACCUGAUGGCCCGCCAAGCCAAGGUGGUGGCCAUGACGUGCACGCACGCGGCGCUCAAGCGACGGGACUUCCUGAACCUCGGGUUCCACUUUGACAACCUGCUCAUGGAGGAGUCAGCUCAGAUCCUCGAGAUCGAAACCUUCAUCCCCAUGCUGCUGCAGCGCCCCGACGGCCCCUCCCGCACCGUCGCUGGCACUGGCACUGGCACUGCUGCUGCGUCUGCUGCUGGUGCUGCGGCUGCUGGUGGUUCGUCUGGUGCUGGUGGCGGCAACGGUGCCUUGUCCUACUCUCGCCUCAAGCGCUGCAUCUUGAUCGGAGACCACAACCAGCUGCCCCCCGUCGUAAAAAACAUGGCCUUUCAGAAAUACUCGCGCAUGGACCAGAGCCUUUUCACCCGCUUCGUCCGCCUGGGCGUCCCUUACAUAGAACUCAACGCCCAGGGCCGCGCCCGGCCCUCCAUUGCCCAGCUUUACAACUGGCGAUACCGCGACCUGGGGGAUUUACCCGUGGUGAAGACCGGGGAGGAGUAUGUGCGCGCUAACGGGGGGUUUGCGUGGGAGUAUCAGCUGGUGGAUGUGGGGGAUUGGAUGGGGAGAGGGGAGAGUGAGCCGAACCCGUGGUUCUACCAGAAUUUGGGCGAGGCGGAGUAUGUGGUGAGCGUGUUUCAGUACAUGCGGCUGUUGGGGUAUCCCGCUGAGAAGAUAUCAAUUCUGACGACAUACAACGGGCAGAAGCAUUUGAUUCGAGAUGUCAUUGAGCGGCGAUGUGCCGGGAACCCACGUUUCGGCCGUCCCAGCAAGGUGACCACGGUCGAUCGCUUCCAGGGCCAGCAGAACGACUACAUUCUGCUCUCCCUCGUGCGCACGCGCACCGUGGGCCACCUGCGUGACGUGCGGCGCCUUGUGGUGGCCAUGUCCCGCGCCCGCCUCGGCCUCUACUGCUUCUGCCGCCGCGCGCUCUUCGAGCAGUGCUACGAGCUCCAGCCCACCUUCCAGCUGCUGCUGCAGCGCCCGGAUAGGUUGGGUUUGGUGUUGGAGGAAGGGAGUGCGAGGACGGGGAGGGCGGCAGGGGAGGGGAGUGAGGGGGCGUAUUUGGUGCCGGGGAUUGAGGAGAUGGCCAGGAUGGUGGAGUGGCGGCUGCAGAACGUGACUGAGCAGGUGAGGCGGAGGGGGAUGGGCUGUGAAUGA